GUGUGACCGCAUAUCGAGCCGCUGCGGCUUCUUCUCCUCCAGCCGAACCUCCAGUUUAUCUGCAAAGGUUCGGUUAAGUUCAUACUUUCUCCUCUCCCCGCUGCGUAGCCGGACCGGGAGGCUGCAACUUCGGUGCGGUUCGGGAUUCUCCUAAGAACUGGAAGACUUGUUGCAGGAAGACCUUCCGGUCCGGAUCAGAAGAAGCGAGUUGGACCUGCUGCUUCCCUCUGAAGCUUUUCGCCUCUGAACAUCCAGAAAAUGAACGGCUGAACUCCGGAGCGCUGCUUUCAGCUUUACGCGCUUUACGCACCGACUUUGUGCGUAAAGCUCCGCGCUUCGGCUGACCCGGAGCUCCGAACUCCGCUCACUGGUUCCCGAUGUCCGCUUGUUGCCCUACGGCUGUCUGAACCUGUCUAACUCUCCAGAGCCUCCGGCGUUGCGGGCCAGCAUGGCGGCGGGAGUCGCAGCCUGGAUGCCGUUCGCCCGCGCCGCGGCCGUCGGCUGGAUGCCGGUGGCCAGUGCGCCCAUGCCGGCGCCUCCGCGGGAGACGCGGCGCGGCCGGGAAGGGUUGAUCGUGCUGAACGUCAGUGGAAAAAAGUUCCAGACGUGGCGGGACACCCUGGAGCGGUAUCCGGACACUCUGCUGGGCAGCUCGGAGCGGGAUUUCUUCUUUCACGAGGAGAGCAACGAGUUCUUCUUCGACCGCGACCCGGACAUCUUCCGCCACAUCCUGAACUUCUACCUCACCGGAAAGCUGCACUACCCGCGCCAGGAGUGCAUCGCGGCCUAUGACGAGGAGCUGGCCUUCUUCGGCAUCGUCCCGGAGAUCAUUGGAGACUGCUGCUACGAGGACUACAAGGACCGGCGGCGGGAAAACCAGGAGCGCAUCCAGGACGACGAGGAGAGCGAGCAGAGCAACGACCUGAUGCCCGCGGAUGCCAGCCUCAGGGAGACCAUGUGGCGCGCAUUCGAGAACCCGCACACCUCUACCAUGGCGCUGGUGUUCUACUAUGUCACCGGCUUCUUCAUCGCCGUGUCGGUCAUGGCCAAUGUGGUGGAGACGGUGCCGUGCGGGGCCGCGCCGAACCGCGUCAAGGUGCUGUCCUGCGGGGAGCGCUAUGCGCUGGCCUUCUUCUGCCUGGACACGGCGUGCGUCAUGAUCUUCACGGUGGAGUACCUGCUGCGCCUCCUGGCGGCGCCCAGCCGCUACAGGUUCGUGAAGAGCGUGAUGAGCGUCAUCGACGUGGUGGCCAUCAUGCCCUACUACAUCGGCCUGGUCAUGACGGACAACGAGGACGUGAGCGGCGCCUUCGUCACCUUGCGGGUCUUCCGCGUCUUUCGGAUCUUCAAGUUCUCGCGGCACUCUGCGGGACUUCGCAUCCUGGGCUACACGCUGAAGAGCUGUGCGUCGGAGCUGGGCUUCCUGCUCUUCUCGCUCACCAUGGCCAUCAUCAUCUUCGCCACCGUCAUGUUCUACGCUGAGAAGGGCUCCGGCAGCAAGUUCACCAGCAUCCCGGCAGCCUUCUGGUACACCAUCGUUACCAUGACUACGCUGGGAUACGGCGACAUGGUCCCAAAGACCAUCGUGGGGAAGCUCUUUGGCUCCAUCUGCUCUCUGAGCGGCGUGCUGGUCAUCGCCCUGCCAGUCCCCGUCAUCGUGUCCAACUUCAGCCGCAUCUACCAUCAGAGCCAGAGAGCCGAGAAGAGGCGAGCGCAGAAGGCAUCCAAAGAAGCAGGCCAGGCACUGGUGUGUAAGAUUAACCCCAACUUUGAGCUGCAACAUCACCACCUGCUCAACUGCCUGGAGAAAACCACGAACCACGAGUUUGUGGACGAGAAGGUGUUUGAGUUGAGCUGCCGGGACCUAAGUCCAGUAAAGCAGCUGUCUUCAUCUUCUUCCAUCUCCUCAUCCUCACCUCAUGGCUUCUUCUGUUGUGGUCACAAGAUAAGGAAGACCUUCAACAUCCCCAACUCCAACAUGUCUCUGGGUCUGCAGGGCAGCAUCCAGGAGCUGAGCACCAUCCAGAUCAGGGAGCGGCCAAUCACCAACAGGACCCGUCACCCUAAUGGACAACUGAGAGGCAGGGGUGUAAUACUGACUGACUGAAACUUCACAGGAGAACCACAUCGAGCCAGUCUGAACGCCAGGUUUGGAGAGACGCUCCCUCUAAACUGUGAGCCGCCGUACCUUUUCCCGUCUGUCGUCAGUAUUCCCACACCUAACACCACUCC